AUGUCACAGAUGAAGCACAUUGAUAACACCCCAUCAACCCCGGGUAAGUUUAAGAUGGAGAAAUCCCCGUACAAUAGGCUGAGGGUGCAUUCAUCUCUAGCCAAGCUCACAUUCUGGUCCUUUGUUUUCCUUGGUGCGAUCUUUGUGUUCUUUUAUAGAUCACCAUCUUCUUCCUCUCCUGUCACGUCAGAUCUCAAUAGGAGGUCCCUCAGAACCAAUUCUUAUGGUGGUCCUGCCUGGGAGAAAAAGGUCAGGACCUCAGCUAAAAUCAGGUCUAGAAAUGGGAUUUCGGUUUUGGUUACUGGGGCUGCUGGUUUUGUGGGCACCCAUGUUUCUGCCGCCCUCAAGCGCCGUGGGGAUGGCGUUCUCGGGCUUGAUAAUUUCAAUGACUAUUAUGAUCCGUCCCUUAAGAGGGCGCGGCAGGCGCUUUUGGAGCGCACUGGGGUGUACAUUGUGGAGGGUGAUAUCAAUGAUGUUGCCCUCUUGAACAAACUUUUCGACAUUGUCCCAUUUACCCAUGUUAUGCAUUUGGCUGCACAGGCUGGGGUGCGCUAUGCCAUGGAAAAUCCUAGCUCUUAUGUCCAUAGCAACGUUGCUGGCCUUGUUAGUUUGCUUGAGGUUUGCAAGAGCGCAAAUCCUCAGCCUGCUAUUGUGUGGGCUUCAAGCAGUUCUGUUUAUGGAUUGAAUACUAAAGUGCCCUUUUCAGAGAAGGAUCGGACUGACCAGCCUGCUAGUUUGUAUGCUGCAACUAAGAAGGCUGGUGAGGAGAUUGCACAUACUUAUAACCAUAUAUAUGGACUCUCGCUUACCGGAUUGAGGUUCUUCACGGUUUAUGGACCUUGGGGUAGGCCAGAUAUGGCGUAUUUCUUUUUUAGUAGAGAUAUUUUGAAGGGGAAGUCAAUUCCGAUCUUUGAGGCAGCUAAUCAUGGUACAGUUGCAAGGGAUUUCACUUACAUUGAUGAUAUUGUGAAGGGUUGUUUGGGGGCAUUGGACACCGCUGAAAAGAGUACUGGUAGUGGUGGCAAGAAGAAGGGGCCAGCACAAUUACGCGUUUAUAAUUUGGGAAACACAUCUCCUGUACCUGUUUCAGAUCUUGUGAGCAUUUUGGAGAGGUUGCUCAAGGUGAAGGCCAAGAGGAUGAUUAUGAAGUUGCCAAGGAAUGGGGAUGUGCAGUUCACACACGCUAACAUAAGCUUGGCUCAGAGGGAGCUUGGAUAUAAGCCCACGACAGAUCUCAAGACGGGAUUGAAGAAAUUCGUUCAAUGGUAUCUCAGUUACUAUGGAAUUUCUUUCCCGGUUUUUGGAUCCACAUAG